AAUCCGAUUUUGACAAACAAAACAAAAAUUGUAAAUAAUUAUAUUUAUUUUAUUUGUGCGCGCCCUAAAUAAUUGCUCCUGCAGCACUAUGAACACGAUACGGUCCAGUACACCCGUACUGCGGUCCAGAACCAAUGGCAGCCUCAUAAGUUCCACGUGCAACGCGCAGAGAACGAGGACGCGUAGCAAAAUGUUGGGCGGCCGUAACAACAACAACAACAACCGAAGCAAUGACCAAAGGAAACUAGCGACCAAUAAAAGAGCAUUACCAGAAACAGAAUACCCAGAGGAAGUUUAUGAGGAUGAUCCCUUGGCAGAUAAACCAGAGGCUGAGAUUGUAGAUGAUCCGCCACCAGCCAAACGACCUCUCUUUCAACUGCUCACCGACGAGGACCCACUUCUGCCUGUGCAAUCCGUCAAAUCGAGGGAUAGCGAGACAGCUGAAAAGAUUUACGUGCAACAUACAGACGCGCCAAAGGAUGUGUGCAUUAGGAAGAUUAAUGGCAUUAAGUCCAAACCCUACCGCCCAUCGGCGAAUCAGAUUCAAAUAAAAAGCUUACAUUCGAAAACGCGGUCCAGCCAGCGCUUUAUCUGGAGCUCCGAGGCGACAGUUAGGCUGCUGCAAUUGUGGGAGAAGCAUUUGGAUGAGUUUCGCGGUAAGAAAAAAAAUACAAUAAUUUACAAAGAGAUGGAACAUCAAAUGCGUGAUUUUGGUGAGCCGAGUCAAUCUGAGAUUAAAGGUAAAAUGGAUAACCUGUCGAGGAAAUAUCGCCUUGAAGCUGAGAAACUUCGGGCAACCGGUGUUCGUUCCCAGUGGUUACUUUUCCAUACAAUUCAAAAACUCCUGAUUGGUACCAAUGCCGUCAAUGUGUUUGAGGAUAUUAUGUUCGAGAAAAAUGGAUCCUCAAACAUUUUAAGCACCGAUUUGGGGUCUGACGAUAAUGAAAUGCAUUCUUGGAUGGAUUCUCCAGCUUCCAGUUACAAAAAUGGUCGACAGGAAGAGGGCGAGAUAGACGACCAUCCCCACGAGGAUCACCUUGCAAAAAAUGAUCAUAAAGUAGACCCAGAAGACUUAAAAGAGGAUCAAUACGAGAGAUUCACCUCCUCGCCAGAGUUUAAAAGUGAAUUGAAUAUGAAAGACAGUCUGUCAGGGCGAUUGCUGGAAAUCGAAGAGGAGAAGCUGUCCAUAGAGCGGGAGAAGCUUAAAGUUAUGAAAGCGGCUGUACGAGAAUUGUCCGCAUUCCAUAGAGAUAUAUUGCAACAUUUUAAGCAAAGGUAUUUCAUGGUAUUUACUUUUUUGGCCGGAUGGUAUUUUGUAUCGUUAUCGGCGCUGAUUACUAGCGUUAUGGCCGACGAAAUGGAAACAAGAAAAAUUUUUAUAAACAAUCAACAAAAUGGUGCUAAACCUAAAGAAUCCCAGCGAGAAAUAGCACAGAAAAUCAAAAACGGCGAGUACAAGCUUCUGCGGAAGGAUCAACGCAGCACCGUUUGGAAAGUUUACCGCGUCAUCAUGGGACCCGAUGGUAAAACACUUAGAACGUCAUUCUUUUGCACCGGCUGCAAUCGCGUGCUGAAAUCCGGCCAUGGCAAUACCUCCAAUCUCCGCAUCCAUAAGUGUCACGUAGAUUAUAUGAGACAGCUGCACAGUGGCAGAGAUGCGAGAAACGUCUUGGAGAAACAUCAGGAUUCCAAUAGUUAUCCUCAGCUGGAGUAUACGCAAGAAGAGUUAAGGAAGCGACGGUAUCGCAAAGACAAUCCAACCCGACACGAAUGGUGUGCCAAUGGCACCAAAAUGCUUCUACAGCUGUGGGCGACGUACAUCGAGGAUUUGCGCGGCAGGCGCAAGAAUUGCCAUGUUCACAGAGAAAUGGCCGAGAAAAUGAAGCAAUUCGGGGCAAACGCAACCGAAGUCAAAGCAAAAAUGGACAACUUGACCAAAAAAUAUCGCAAAGAGGCGAAGGAUGUUAAAUUAUUUGGCAGACCAUCCAAGUGGGAGCAUUUCUAUAGACUUCAGUCGCUCCUAAUUGGCACAAAAGCCGUCGAUCUAAGUAGUAAUUUUACUUUCAAUAGUGCAGCCUCUACAGAUGACGACGUUCAUGACAUGGACAGUGCAUCCGAAAAUAUCGGCGAGGCGUAUGCUGAAGAGGACCAAGAGGACAAUUCUCAAGAUGGGUUAAUAAAAGAAGAAGAGGAAGAGGAGGAUGAGUAUGUCUCAGAUAACAUGAUCGAAGAAAUAGAAGUCCCUUCUGGUCGACCGUCUGUCGAGAAAUACGCAAAGCCUGACAUGGCAGAGGAGCCGGAAUUGCCUUCUGAAAGACCGUGUUUGGAGAACUAUGAAGAGGAGCUUGAUAAGCAGAACUUAACUAUAGAACAAACGUACAAAGCCAAGCGCAAAAGAGAGGCUAGAUUGCUGGAAAUAGAAGAGGAAAAGCUGGCCAUAGAGAGGGAAAAAUUGAAGACGAUGAAAUACUUAAAGCAAGAGUUAUCCUCAUUUCACAAGGACAUGUUCAGGCUGCUCAGCCAAAAUAAUUAAUUUACAAAGAUCAAUUAAAUAAAGUACAAGGACAUGUUCAGGCUGCUCAGCCAAAACAA